AACAAACAAUCUCUUUACGUCCGAGAGGUGAAAGUUCACACAGCUGCAGCCGAGAUGACGACGUUACGACCGUUCACCUGCGACGAUCUGUUCAAAUUCAACAACAUAAACCUGGACCCUCUCACAGAAACUUACGGGAUCCCGUUCUACCUGCAGUACCUGGCUCACUGGCCCGAGUACUUCAUCGUGGCCGAGGCUCCUGGUGGUGAACUGAUGGGCUACAUCAUGGGGAAGGCGGAGGGAUCUGUGGCUCGCGAGGAGUGGCACGGCCACGUCACCGCCCUGUCCGUCGCCCCGGAGUUCAGGAGACUCGGCCUUGCCGCCAAACUCAUGGAGAUGCUGGAGGAGAUCUCGGAGAGGAAAGGCGGAUUCUUUGUGGAUCUCUUCGUGCGAGUCUCCAACCAAGUGGCGGUGAACAUGUACAAGCGUCUGGGCUACAGCGUCUACAGGACGGUCAUAGAAUAUUACUCGGCGAGCAACGGAGAACCGGAUGAAGACGCCUACGACAUGAGGAAAGCUCUGUCCAGAGACACGGAGAAGAAGUCCAUCGUCCCGCUGCCUCAUCCCGUCCGACCGGAGGACAUUGAAUAACGUCGGCAUGUGGCUCUCUGACGAUCAUGUGUGACACGUGUGUGUGAUACUGUAACUACAGGAAGCUGCUCAGUUACACUCUACAUAGUUCAACAGUCGGGGAGUCACAGCUUGUACAAAAUUAUCGUAAAUUUAUUCCUGUAAAUUCAAAAUUUUGCUUAAAGAAAAAGAAAAAACACCUGAUGCCAGUUUGACUUAACGUGUGUGUGUAAUUGAAAACAUGGUCAUACAAUAAAGAUCAUGAAGAAGAAAAAAACAAACAGUA